CCUAUUGUUCCAAAUGAUGUUAACUGUCAACAAGUACCAACCGUUUCCAUGUGAACUCAGCACGAAUCAAAACUUUCUAAAUUCCAAUUUUGUCCCCACCAAACCAAAUCUUACGCUUCCUCUGCUCUUUUCGCUUCUCUACUUCUCCUUCCACUUUCUCCCUCUCUUCCUCGCAAUUGAUUCUUCUUCUGGUUCUGGUAUGGAUGCUGCUGCAAGUCAAAGUCUCUAUCCAUUGCACCGUUGCAAAACUGUUCACCUGGUUAGGCAUGCGCAAGGAGUUCAUAAUGUAGCAGGAGAGAAAAACCAUGAUGCAUACAAUUCUUAUGAGUUUUUUGAUGCACACCUAACCUCUCUCGGCUGGGAACAGGUUAAUAAUCUGCGAAAGCACGUGAAGGCAAGUGGACUUUCCAAAAAUAUUGAACUUGUUGUCAUUUCCCCCUUAUUAAGGACCAUGCAAACAGCAGUUGGAGUCUUUGGUGGUGAAGCAUACACUGAUGGGAUUGGUGAGCCACCUCUGAUGACGGAAAAUGUCGGACACAGUGAUCAUCCUGCAGUUUCUAGUAUGAACUGCCCUCCAUUCAUAGCUGUGGAGCUUUGCCGAGAGCAAAUAGGAGUUCAUCCUUGUGAUAAGAGAAGAACCAUUAGCGAGUACCGGAAUAUGUUUCCAGCAAUUGAUUUUUCACUUAUUGAAAGUGACGAGGACAUUUUAUGGGAAUCUGAUGUCAGAGAGAAGACAGAUGAAGUUUCUGCUAGGGGCCUGAAGUUUUUGGAAUGGUUGUGGACACGUGAAGAGAAGGAGAUAGCAGUUGUUACCCACAGCAGUUUUCUGUUUAAUACGCUCCGUGCUUUUGGAAAUGAUUGCCACCCAGAUAUAAAGAGUGAAAUAUGCACACACUUUGCUAAUUGUGAGCUGCGUUCAAUCGUCAUCAUUGAUAGAGGUAUGAUUGGAUCAAGUGAAUCAACUACCAACUAUCCUGGCAAGAUUCCUCGUGGCCCCGAUGUUCCCAGUGAAGCUGCUGACUAAAACCAUUCAGGGAUUAUCCUUACCAAAUAAUAGCUCCUCUUCGUGAUCAUUGGUCGUAUAUUGGAAUUUUCAUUGGUAUAAUAGGGUUAUUUCUUAAUUGCAUUUACAGGCAAGUGUUCAAUAUUUUGUUUUACCCGAACAAACUAAUCCGUAGGAGCAGUUUCAAAAUUCCUUUUUAGUGGCUUAAAGUAGAUUGGUAACAUAUGUAGGUGCCAAUUUUUAAGAUGAUAAAAAGGAUGUCAACAAUGAUUAUACCAAGUUUAGCUACUUCCACAUUCAUGUAUGAACAAUUGACACUGUCUUUCCAUUUUAUCCAAGUAUAUUAUAAGCAUGUACUUCCUAUGUUUGCCAGAGUAAUGGUAGAGUGAAUUAAAUCAAAUUGAUCCUGUCUAGGAGCUGUGAUGAGAAUGAACAGAAUAAGAGUUCAAUAUCA